AUGGGCUCGUCGUGUUCAUCCGGAGUGCUCACGCUUCUCCACACUGCUUGUGGAGCCGGUAUUUUAGCAAUUCCAUUCGCUUUUAAACCAUUUGGACUCUUUUUCGGAUUUCUCAUGAUCUUUUUUUGCGGAUUGUGUUCCUUGGCUGGACUGAUCAUCCAAGGUAGAGUGUCAAAAUACGUGGAAUCAAAGAAUGCAUCGUUUUUCGCUUUAUCCCAGGUCACAUAUCCACAGUUGAGUGUAGUUUUCGAUUUAGCAAUAGCUGUGAAAUGCUUUGGCGUGGGUGUUUCGUAUCUGGUAGUGGUGGGCGAUCUUCUGCCGCGGAUAUUCGGCGUUUUCACGUCGCAUGCACUUUUUCUGAGCCGAAACUUCCAUAUCACAAUGGUAAUGCUUUUUAUCGUGUCACCGCUGUGUUUUUUGAAAAAACUAAGCUCUUUGCGCUACGCCUCCAUGAUUGCCAUUUCAUCUGUAGCCUAUCUGUGUGGAUUAGUGCUAAUGCAUUUUUUUUGGCCCUCUGACGAAAUUCAAGAUUUGAAAGGUAACGUCAGCCUUGGAGUACCGCACGGCCCUAUCACUGCUCUUUUCAGCUGUUUCCCGAUUUUUGUGUUUUCCUACACUUGCCAUCACAACACAUUCUCUAUUAUCAAUGAGUUACAAAACAAUUCGGUCAAAGCUAUCUAUAAGAUGGCAUCAAUUUCAGUUUUGGUGGCGAUGACGUUGUAUCUGGCCAUUGGUGGAAGUGGGUACGCAACUUUUGGCGAUCAUGUUGUUGGAAACAUUGUCACCCUGUACCCGCAAUCCCCAGCGACUACCAUCGGACGCAUUGCAAUUGCACUUUUGGUGAUGUUGGCUUUCCCGCUGCAAUGUCAUCCUGCGAGAGCUUCAAUCGACCACAUGUUGCAUUUUUUCAAACCGCGUACCGGAAAUGAAGCACAGGAGCUUGAGACUUCACAGCUCAUCGAGCCGACAACGGAAGACGAACGCGAAAUUCAGGCCGAAGAAGGUGCAGACGGAGGAGUAGGAUCUCAACAGCAACAAAUCGCGCUCCCUCUCGAGGGUAAACGGUUCAUCAUGAUAACCACAUCCAUUCUUGUUCUAUCCUAUCUGCUCGCCGUGUCUGUGACCUCAUUGGCUCGCGUCCUGGCAGUCGUCGGAGCCACUGGCUCAACAUCGAUCUCCUUCAUUCUUCCUGGCAUUUUUGGCUACAAACUGAUAGGCUCCGAGUACGAGGCGAGCCAGAUGCCCGCGUCAUCGCAACGACUCAGGUUUCUUUCACUUGCUCUAUCGUUAUGGGGGGUAAUGGUGCUCAUAACAUGCUUGUCUGCAACUCUAUUUUUUGGUGCUGGUCACUAA